AUGUUUUAUGGGUCAGAACAAGAAGAUGAUCCGCAUAAAGUCACAAUGUCCUAUGGAUCAAAGCAAGAAGAUGAUCCACAUAAAGCUACAAUGUCCUAUGAAGAGGAUCCGAAGACGGUUUCUACAGGACAGGAGACACACACAGAUGAAGAGGGGACUCACCACCACCAUGCUCACGCUCACAACCACAGUAACAUAAGACAGCAGGCCGACGUCUUCUUCUUCCACGACAUGCUGCGGCCAGGUUCCGUCAUCACCCCGACCAUCCCGCCAACCACCUCCCUGCCGGCUCUUCUUCCCCGCAGCUUCGCUGGCUCCAUCCCGUUCUCCAGCGAACGCCUCUCCGACAUCAUCUCCAUGUUCGCACCGGCGUCCCUCUCGAUGACCAGAGAGAUACGGUGGACGUUGGACACGUGCGAGCACCCACGGACGCUCCCCGGCCAAAGCGCCGGCUGCGCCACCUCCCUCGAGUCCCUCGCCGAGCUCCCGGCGUCCCUCCUCAGGACACGCAACGUCCGGGCGUUCUCCGCCGCCGAUUUGCCCGUCGAAGCUCCGGGCACGCGGGCACUGCGCGGGAGGUACAACGUGACGGCCGUCCGGAAGGUCUCAGGUGAGUCGUCGGAGAUCGUGACCUGCCAUGAUCUGACGUACCCGUACGCGGUGUACUACUGCCACACGGCCAACCCUACAUCCGCAUACACAGUGACGCUGGCGAGCGUGGAGGACGGCGCGGUGCCGAAGACAAUGGAGGCUCUGGCGGUGUGCCACCUCGACACGUCCAAGUGGAGCCCCAAGAACCCCUUCUUUGAGCUCCACAACCUCAAGCCGGGGGAGGUGACCGUGUGCCACUUCCUCACGAAGCUCAGCAUCAUCUGGGUUCCGGUCAGCCAGCAGGGAGAAGCACACGCAAGCAGGGCGUGA